AUGGCAUUAAAAAGAAUAUAAAAAGAACUUGCUGAUUUAUAAAAAGACCCUCCUGCAAAUAUUUCUGCAGGACCAGAUGUAUCUAAAGAUAAUUUGUUUUAUUGGACAGCAGCUAUUAUGGGUCCUGAAGAAUCUCCAUUUGCAGGAGGCGUAUUUUUAUUAAAUAUUUUAUUUCCAUAAGAAUAUCCAUUUAAACCACCUCGAGUAAGUUUUUAAACAAGAAUUUAUCAUCCAAAUAUAAAUUCAAAUGGGUCGAUUUGUUUAGAUAUUUUAAAAGAAUAAUGGAGUCCAGCAUUAACUAUAUCUAAAGUUUUAUUAAGUAUAAGUUCACUUUUAACUGAUCCUAACCCUGAUGAUCCUCUUGUUCCAGAAAUCGCAUAACAAUAUAAAUUAAAUAAAGAUUAAUAUGAAACAACUUCAAAAGAAUGGACAAGAAAACAUGCUAUGUGAUGAUAUUUAAUUAAAUUAUAUUUUUAUUUUUUGGGAAUAAAAAAUAAAAUUUUAUAUGCAUAUUUUAAUUAUUUUGGUUAUUUAUUAUUAUUUAUUAA